GCGGGGACAUCUCCUAAGGGAUUGGUUGAAGAAACAGCACGUCUGAUUUCCGAAGCGAGGUACAACAACAAAAUUUUGCAGUUUUUGCAAGAUCAGAUGAUGGCCACGGUGAAAGUAUGGGGCAACGAGCCUCAUGAAGAGCUGAUGGUCACCCUCAGGGCGUGCAAGCGGAUGAUUGGGAGGCAUGCCCGACGUUUUGACCUUGACAAAUUCUACACUGUGGGCGACGCUAAAUGGCUCGCGGAAAGGCUCAGCCAGAUCCUUGAGGAACAUUUGAACAAACGCAGUGUGUACUAUAUUGUGCGAAGCAGCAUACCGGAGGACAGGGUCCUUGAAGACAGGCAAUGGCUCAACGAUUGUCUACGCUUCUUGUUCAGCGAGAGGACCGAUGGCGAGCCCUCAAAGUUUUUGGGAGAAUGGCAGCAGUUGAAGUUGGAAUUGCAAAGAAAACUCGAUAAUUUGACGUUCAUCGAGGAAGGGGACUACAUGAUUCCAAACCUUGAGGCACCAAUUGGGCGUACACGCCACAAUGAGGUACACAGAGCUCAGUGGAAGGGCCCCGCCAUAGGAGAAGGGACCAAAUCAGUGUGCCCGGGUGAUGACGUUGCAGUGAAGAAAGUCAUACCAGGAGCAUAUGAGAUGCCUUGGGAGAAGCUGGCGCAAUUCUAUUCCGAGGUGGUCCUACAAGCCUCGAUAACACACCCCAAUGUCGCCAGGAUCCUGGCAAUCGGGACAAACGGUGUCAUGGUGCUGGACCUUGCAGAUGGAGACCUGGCAUGGUGGUGCAAACGCCAACCUUUGGGUGACAAUACGCAGUUGUUCAUCCAGGUGCUGCGCCAGGCGGCAUCUGGGCUCCGCCACCUCCACGACAAGCGGUUGGUCCAUCGAGACAUCAAGCCCCAGAACUUUCUCGUGUUCACAGGAACAGAUUCAGAAGGUCAACGCGGGGAAGAGUCGAACCACCUGGCCCAGAGCCAGAUCCCCAUCGUUCAGGUGUGUGAUUUUGGCCUGACCGUGGGUCAGUUGGAGGAUUCAAGAGUGACGACUGUCACGCCCCAGCCUGGCACGGAAAUGUACCGCCCUCCGGAACUCCACAAUGGUAAGCGGCACAGCCGCAAGAGUGACGUCUACUCCUUUGGAGUCGUCAUGAAUGAGUUGGUGGCCAACAUGGUACGGAGGACAAGCUCACUGCCCUAUGGCGGUGCUGAAGGGCACGCUCUAAUGAAAAUGCAGUCAAUUGGGAAGCUCGCUUUUCAGAUUCCAGAAGAAUGCCCCAACACACUCAAGGACUUGAUUUUGAAGUGCUUUGAUACCGCUCCCUCCGCAAGGCCAUCUAUGCAGGAGGUAGAAGAUGUGCUGGAAGGGCUGUGCAAAGAUUUUGGGGUGCGACAAAAGGCCCAGCCUCCGGCGACAUCACUGGGGGGGUGA